AUGUUGCAAUUCAAGAAAUCUUCAGCUAUUGAGACAUUGAUUAAAAAAAUAAAAUCCAAACCUGUUCAUAUUUUGAAUCAACCUUCUAUUAAUAAAAAUUUAACCAGAAAGUCAAGUGCAAUAUCAUUAGAAGUAAAAAAAGAAACUAUACUAUCUGAAACUUCACAAGAAACUAAAGAUCCUUUGGAAUUCUAUAAGAGAACACAAAAAGAGAUUAAAAAAGUUAGAGCGAAUACACGUGCUGAUAUUUCUAAAGUAUCAACUUCUAAUUUAAAAGUAUAG